GACACAGUCACACACACACACACAGCUGUUGCAGAAUUGCAGUCCUAACUUGCUAAACAAAUAAUAAAAUAAAAUAAAAUAAAAUCUUUAUUAUUAAAUCAGUAGUAUCUUGUUGCAAUUAAUACAGUUGUAUCAAUUGGUUAGGUUAAUUGUCACUGUUACAACAAAAUUGAAAACUGCAGCUAAUUCCACCAUUACUUAUAUCUCUCUAUAUAACCCCACCACUCCCCACGUAGUGUUUCUCCCUCUUCUCCUGCAACGGCCAUUUAUCCCCCCAUUUUGUCUGUCACCCUUUUUUCACUUAUUUUAUUACCAUUCCCAACUCAUAACCCAAAACCCACCACACUUAAGAUUGAUUUUCGCAUCAUUGCAUGCAUAUAAUUCGUCUUCGUCUUCAUGUGGGUUGACUCUAAAAUCCUGAUAUACUACUAAUAACUGUUGGCAGCAAUGGAGGAGAAGAAACGCAGCAAGAAGAGAGAAAGGGAAAGUGGUGAUAAUAAUAAUAAUAAUAAUAAUGGGAAUAAUGGUGGAAAUAAGCAUCCGGUUUACAGAGGAGUUCGUAUGAGGAGCUGGGGUAAAUGGGUCUCCGAAAUUCGCGAGCCACGUAAGAAGUCCCGGAUUUGGCUCGGUACUUACCCCACCGCCGAAAUGGCUGCGCGUGCACACGACGUCGCCGCCCUCAGCAUUAAAGGCAAUUCUUCCCUCCUCAAUUUUCCCCACCUCAUCCACUUCCUCCCACGUCCGGCCACCCUUGCUCCCCGCGACGUCCAAGCCGCCGCCGCUAAAGCCGCCGGGAUGGAGGAGCUCGACUCGCCGCCGCCGCCGUCCACCUCGGCUUCACCGUCGUCGUCGUCGUCUUGCUCGUCGAGUUCGUCAAUGGAAGCGGAGGGGGCUUCGUCGGAGGAGCUCGGGGAGAUAAUUGAGCUGCCGAGCCUGGAGGAAAGUUCGGAGUCGAGGGGGGCGGAAUUGACACUGUCAGCGGUGGUGGCGGAGGACGACGGGUGGUGGUGGGGGAGUGAUGCUGACGUGUACGCUUAUUUUCUUGGUCAAGGGUCAUUGGUGGGUGGUGAUGGGAUUGGGGAGUGGCUUAUCCCAGACUCAGCCGGCGACUUUGGCGGCGAAGCUGCAAUUGGCCGCUCAAUCGAAGCAACCAAUUAAGGUGCACACAGCUUGAAAUGUCAAGUUAUAACCUCAAACUUAAUUUUAGAGGUUGUCCAUAUUAUAAAUAGAGAAGAGUAUCUCUUAAUUUUGAUUUGGGUUUCGGUUUUACAUGUAUAAUAUAUACAUAUUUUGCGACGAUCUUGGUAUUGUUAAAAUGUUAAUAAUAAUUAUAGUUAUCAUCAAACAAACUCUCACACUCAAUUAAGUAAUCUAUGAUGGAUUUGGCAUAUUUAUCAAACACAUUCUCCCUAUU